UCCUCACCUUCUUCUCUCUCUGUCUCUGAUCUGCUCUUAGUCUCAGAGACAGAGCCGCAGGCAGCAGAAAUCUCAACAGUGCUCGAAACAGAGCCUACUACGACGACAAAGUUUCAGUUUUUACAAUCCUUCUCUCCCUCAUGCUCUCAUCUUCUUGACCUUUUUCUACAUGGAUACCCUAGCCGUCGCCCCUCCCAAGCUCCCUUCGACUCCCCGAUUACCGUUAAAGUCGUUUUCCGUUAACUUCAGCGGUCGAAGUUUUAGCCCUUUUGCUCUGCUCAACUCGCGCUCGAAUUUCCCGACCCUGAAGUGUUCGCAUGCCCGCACAGUAACAUGCUCUGCUCAGCCCACUCCAUCACUAGUGGAACAGAGUGUCAAGUUUCAGGAAGCUGCCAAGGAGGGCAAUUUGGUUCCUCUCUUCCGUUGCAUAUUCUCGGAUCAUCUCACCCCAGUUCUUGCUUACCGCUGUCUGGUGAAGGAGGAUGAUAGGGAUGCUCCAAGUUUUCUCUUUGAGUCUGUUGAGCCCGGGUUGCAGGCUUCAAGCGUGGGGCGAUAUAGUGUCAUCGGAGCUCAGCCCACAAUCGAAAUCGUGGCAAAGGAGAAUAUGGUGACUAUCAUGGACCACAGUGAAGGGCGCAGGACAGAGGAAAUUGUGGAGGAUCCUAUGGUUGUUCCUAGAAGAAUUAUGGAAGGUUGGAAGCCCCAAAGGAUUGAUGAACUUCCUGAAGCAUUCUGUGGUGGUUGGGUUGGCUAUUUCUCCUAUGAUACGGUGCGCUAUGUGGAGAAGAAAAAGCUACCCUUCUCCAGUGCUCCCUUGGAUGACAGAAACCUUCCUGAUGUUCAUCUUGGCCUUUACGAUGAUGUAAUAGUAUUUGAUCAUGUGGAAAAGAAAGCUUAUGUUAUUCACUGGGUUCGAUUAGAUCAAUAUUCUUCUGUGGAGGAAGCCUUCAAUGAUGGGAUGAAUCGGUUGGACACUUUAGUCUCCAGAGUACAUGACAUAGAUCCUCCAAAGCUGCCAGCUGGUUCAAUAAAAUUACACACUCAUCUAUUUGGUCCAAAGCUGGAGAUGUCAAGUAUGACAAGUGAGGCAUAUAAGGAGGCUGUACUGGAGGCUAAAGAACACAUUCUUGCCGGCGACAUCUUCCAGAUAGUGUUAAGUCAGCGGUUUGAAAGAAGAACUUUUGCAGACCCCUUUGAAGUCUAUAGAGCGCUGAGGAUUGUCAACCCGAGCCCAUACAUGACCUACUUACAGGCUAGGGGAUGCAUACUAGUUGCCUCAAGUCCAGAGAUUCUUACACGAGUGAAAAAGGGAAAGAUAACAAAUAGACCUCUUGCUGGGACAAUUAGGAGAGGGAAGACACCAAAGGAAGAUUUAAUGUUGGAAAAGGAACUUUUAGCUGAUGAAAAGCAAUGUGCGGAGCACAUUAUGCUAGUGGACUUGGGUAGAAAUGAUGUUGGAAAGGUCUCAAAACCUGGUUCUGUCAAGGUCGAGAAGCUCAUGAAUAUCGAGCGUUAUUCCCAUGUUAUGCACAUAAGUUCAACAGUCACUGGGGAGCUACUAGAUGAUUUAACAAGCUGGGAUGCUCUACGAGCAGCUCUGCCUGUUGGGACAGUUAGUGGAGCACCGAAGGUGAAGGCCAUGGAGUUGAUCGAUGAACUAGAAGUCACAAGGCGAGGACCUUACAGCGGUGGUUUUGGUGGAAUCUCAUUCUCGGGAGACAUGGACAUUGCCCUUGCUCUGAGGACAAUUGUCUUCCCAACAGGAAUCCGAUACGACACGAUGUACUCUUACAAGGACGUCAACAGGCGACGUGAAUGGGUCGCGCACCUCCAAGCUGGAGCGGGCAUUGUUGCUGACAGCGAUCCUUCUGAUGAGCAGAGAGAGUGCCAGAACAAGGCCGCUGCCCUUGCCCGAGCCAUUGAUCUCGCUGAGUCUUCAUUCGUCGAGAAAUCUGAUUGACUGAUUCCCCCCCCCCCCGCAUGAAGAGCAGCAGCGCAGCAGUUUAAUUUGGGGUUAUUUCUGUCUCUUUUCUUCGGGCUAUGUACAGCUCGAAGUGGUCUUGGCAAUGUGUAGUUCUUCUCGAAGACGGGGAUUUUGGUGUGAACACCUCUAACUCGGUCGGGUUUGGUUGCUGUUGUGGUUUACGGAUUUCUACAUGGUUUAUUUUAUCUCAGGGUUACGAAUUAUAGGUACAUGUCAAUGAUGAGAGGACCCUCAUUCAUCGGCAAACAGACUUUGCUCGGAUGUCCGGCUCAGAACCUUUUUCAUAUGUUGAAAUGUGAAAAUAGAGGAAAAUAAUUAUGGCUUGAUACGUUGAAUAAA